GCACACACUUACCAUUAUAAUCCAAUGCACCUCAACGACCUCCCCUUUGAAAUUCUUUCCAAGAUCCUCGAGGAAGCCGCCCAUGCCAAUAUACGCAAUGGCCCGCAGUACACCUUCGGCCUGUCCCAGCCGCCCAUGCCCUACCAGAAGGCGGCCCUCCAGCGCUACGUGAGGGGCCCCGUUCCGCCCGAGAUGCUGCGGUGGGAUGCGACUUCGGCUUUGCGUCUGGUGUGCUGGCGCUGGCACGAAUGGACCUUGGAAUAUGCCCUCAAGGAUGUUUAUAUCCGCCGGUGGAAGGGUGGUGAGCGAUGGGCCGAGCUUUCCCUUCGCCGCGAGAACUACGGACUGUACGAGCUCGUCGACAGGCCUACUGGCACCGCCGUUUAUCGCGACCCCUUCGCUUCCCUCAAGCACACCGUCGACACCUUCAACAGGUUCCCCGGGGUCGCUGCUAAGAUCAGGCGCAUGUGGUUCCAUGGCUUCUACACGGCCGAAAGCAACCGAAUGGUCUUUGAAUCUCUCCAAAACUGCACCAAUUUGACGUCGGUGUCGCUUCCCUGGACCGCAUUUCGCCACCUUGAUGCACGUGCCUGGCGAAAUCUGCUCGUGGGCAACGGCAAGCCGCUGCAGUCUCUGGAGCUCCUCGCCGUCGAUCCCACAUCUCAACAAGCUUCCGAAGACGCCAAUCGGAUUGAUCUGCAGCCCCUGCAGUCAGUCAACUUCGGCAUGCUCCGCCGCCUAAAGUUCUUCGGGGAUACUAUUUUUAUGCCCAUCACGGAUGACGACUUGUUCGCCAUUGCGCGAACCGCGACCCAGCUGCAGGAAUUUCACUUGACGUGCAUCUCUACCGUCACCAUCGACGGAGUCAUGGCCAUUGUCCGGGCUUCCCGGUCGACUCUGCGGGUUCUCGAGCACAGCCCACGGUCCCAAGACGGCUUCUGGCACCCUCACCCCGGAUCUCCGUCCGAUUCCGAGCAUCUUUGCGAGCUUUUCCGGGAUUGCCCCAAGCUCGAAACUCUCUCCAUUUCUCUUCCCUCGGUGUGCGCUGAUCUGUUCUCGAACCCAAACGCCAAAUUCAACGGCGAUUUGCAGGUGCGCGCAUUGCAUCUCUGCGGGCAUGAACACGGACGUUCUACCCACGAAGCGACGGAUGCUCUCCACAAGCUCCUGCAUCAAGCGCGCGGCCUCGUUGACGUCAAGGCGAGAAGCGUCAUCCCGCGCGAGCUGUACAUUGAACUCUUCUUCGCCGAUUGCAUCUUCGAACCAAGCUUGAAACUGGUUCACGGCGACUUUUCUCCUGCGCAGGUAGCAGAAGACCAGGCCUGGUUGGAAACUCUUGGCCCUUCCGGAAAAGGACCGUUCGGCAGCACCGGCCUGUACGAGAAAGAGGAGGAAGGCCCUUUCCAAAGCGUGGCUGAAGACGAUUUCCUUACGGGUGUUCGACGACGAUAUCUUUCCAUUUCAACUUGA